GUUUAAUCAAACAACUUCAUAUUGUAAAUUUGGAACGCUAAAGGAAAAAUUAUAGACGUCGAUAUUGAAGGAAAUGAAGAGAAACCUAAGUGAAAAUUCAACUCGGAGUACAGCAGGCUGUUUGCCUGUACCAUUGUUCAAUCAGAAAAAGAGGAACCGACAGCCAUUAACUUCUAAUCCACUUAAAAAUGAUCCAGGUAUCAGUACUGCUUCUGACAGUUAUGAUUUCCCUCCUCUACCAACAGAUUGGGCCUGGGAAGCUGUGAAUCCUGAGUUUGCUCCUUUAACGAAAACAAUGAACACAGGGCAAAUACCACAUUCAGUUUCUCGUCCCCUAAGAAGUGAAGAUUCUGUGUCUAAAUCGAUUCAAUCAAAUACUGAAAGAAGCCAGAGUGGUUGGAGCUAUAGAGAUGGCAACAAAAACACCAGCUUGAAAACUUGGAGUAAAAAUGAUUUUAAGCCUCAGUGUAAAAGAACAAACCUAGUGGCAAAUGAUGGAAUAAAUUCUUGUACAGUGAGUUUGGGAGCUCAACAACAGAAACAACUAAGAAUAUCUGGACCUCCUAACUUAUCUCACCACAGGGAAACUGUGGUACUCAGAGAAACACAAUUAUCAAAAAUAUGUGGCUCCACAAUGAGAGGUCUAGACAAAAACAGUGCAUUACAGGCAUUUAAGCCCAAUUUUCAACAAAGUCAAUUUAAGAAAAAAAUGUUGGAUGAUAUUCCAGAAGAAAACACUUUGAAGGAAUCCUCAUUGUAUCAAUUACAAUUUAAGGAGAAAGAUAAUUCCUUAAGAAUUAUUUCUGCAGUUAUUGAAAGCAUGAAGUAUUGGCGUAAACAUGCACAGAAAACCAUACUUCUUUUUGAAGUACUGGGAUCGUGAACUUCCAAGGCUGAUUAGAGGCCGAGUUCAUAGGUGUGUUGGAAACUAUGACCAGAAAAAGAACAUUUUCAAAUGUGUUUCUGUCAGACCGGCAUCUGUUUCUGAGCAAAAAACUUUCCAAGAAUUUGUUAAAAUUGCUGAUGUUGAGAUGAGGUAUUAUACUAAUGUAACCAAUGAAAUUUAAAUAGCGAUAAAGGAAGUUUAGUAUAAAUUGUAGCAUUUCUCUGUUUCUUUUAGUUUACCAUCUUUGUGAUUUUAUGGCUGUUGUUUUUCUGUAUUUUAUUUGUUGAAUUAAAGUAUUUAAAUCAUUUGAAAUGUGGAAA